ACGCGCUGAGAAUCAAUUCAAAAGUCACAUUUUAUAAAAACAUGUCGCAAACAUGUCAAGUAUAAUAUUUUCUAUUUUUAUUUUUAUUAUAUUCAUUAGUCUUGUGCAUAAUUUAAAUAUGACUUUAACAAUGUUAAAGAAUGAUCAAAUGCACUGGAAUGACAUUGUGCAGAGUGAAGAUUUCAUUAUCAAAGCAUUGGAAAAGUUGCAAAGCGAUUUACACAUAACCACAACCGAAAGCGGGCGCAGGAAUUUAAAAGAUAAUUUAACAACUAAAACACCAACAACCCUACAAACACCUUUGAAGAAAAUUAAAGUUAAAACAAAAAAAGCAAGAAAAGUGUUGGAAAUAUUAUUAAAUGGUACAACGGAUGAAUUGCAGACUGUUUUGCGAAGAAACGUUUUAAAAACUUUACCCAAACUGAAUAAUAUCAAAGUAUCACUUGACAAAGAACUGAUUUUAUGGGAGAUUUUUAAGAAUAAAAUGGCGCCUGUAGAACUGCAAGCGAUAGAUCUACAAACAGCCGAAACUUUGUUCAAUAUCAUACCAGAAAAUGAUUUAUAUCAUUUAAAUUUAACUGAUGAUGACAUUUUAUACUAUCUAGGUACUUUUCAUGGAAUGUCAAGACGUAAAGCCGCCAUUUUGGCCUACGCAUUAAAAAAUAACCUCGCAAUGACUUCCAGAGAAAUUUUGCAAAGUAAUACAAUAAACUCAAUGCGUGGACUGAUAUGUGGUUUUCCAUCUUACGACUUAUCAAAAAUAAACUCCUCAGUGAUAUGGACUUUAAACGAUGAUGUUUUAAAUAAUUUAUGGGCAUGUAACAAGGACCAAUUGAAUGUGUUGUUUGAAGUUGUUGUAGAAAACUUUCAAAUUUCACAUGUGGAAUUAUGGAAUGAGAAAAUCGUUAAAAAGCUGGGAUUCCUGCUGCUUAUUGUUAAACCAUCUGAUAUGAAACUGAUUGAUAAAAAUUUGUUCCAAUUUAUACACGAAAAUAUUUUUGAUUUGUUCAGUAGAGAACAGUUGAAUGCAUUAACGUCUGAACAGAAGAAACAUUUAAACGAAGCACAAGUGAUUAUUUACAACUCAAAAAUUAGAUAAUAUAUUACCUUCUUC